UGAACAACAGUAACGUCACUGGGACUACAGGGAAGUUUUGUUGGAAGUUGCAAAGUCCUGGAGCCUCCAGAGGGCUGUCGGCGCAGUAGCAGCAAGCAGCAGCGUCCGCCCGCUCCGGCAAGGGGCAGAAGAGCUCGGGGGAGCGCGGAGCGCAGCAGCUAGAGAGGAGCACGGACCGAACCCCCGAGCCACCGCCCGCCCCAGGCAGACCAACAGAGCCCCAGUCAUGGCGCACCAGCUCCUGUGCUGCGAGGUGGAGACCAUUCGCCGGGCGUACCCGGAUGCCAACCUUCUCAACGACCGGGUGCUGCGGGCCAUGCUCAAGGCAGAGGAGACCUGCGCGCCCUCCGUGUCCUACUUCAAGUGUGUGCAAAAGGAGAUCCUGCCGUCCAUGCGCAAGAUCGUGGCCACCUGGAUGCUGGAGGUCUGCGAGGAGCAGAAGUGCGAGGAGGAGGUCUUCCCGCUGGCCAUGAACUACCUGGACCGCUUCCUGUCGCUGGAGCCCAUGAAGAAGAGCCGCCUGCAGCUGCUGGGGGCCACCUGCAUGUUCGUGGCCUCUAAGAUGAAGGAGACCAUCCCCCUGACCGCCGAGAAGUUGUGCAUCUACACCGACAACUCCAUCCAGCCCGACGAGCUGCUGCACAUGGAGCUGCUGCUGGUGAACAAACUCAAGUGGAACCUGGCCGCCACGACCCCGCACGAUUUCAUCGAGCACUUCCUCUCCAAGAUGCCCGUGACCGAGGAGAGCAGACAGAUCAUCCGCAAACACGCGCAGACCUUCGUGGCCCUCUGUGCCACAGACGUGAAGUUCAUUUCCAACCCACCCUCCAUGGUGGCCGCCGGGAGUGUGGUGGCCGCGGUGCAAGGCCUGCACCUGGGAAGCUGCGGCAGCUUCCUGUCCUAUCAGCGCCUCACUCGAUUCCUCUCCAAAGUGAUCAGGUGUGACCCGGACUGUCUCCGGGCCUGCCAGGAGCAGAUCGAAGCCCUGCUGGAAGCCAGCCUGCGCCAGGCCCAGCAGAGCCUGGACCCCAAAGCCGCCGAGGAGGAGGAGGAGGAAGAAGAGGUGGACCUGGCCUGCACGCCCACCGACGUGCAGGACGUGAACAUUUGAGGGUGCUCAUGGCCGGGGGGGCAGCCCCAGGUGCCACCCUGACGGGCAUGGCCAGAAGGGGAGGCUUCCUCCUGUCGGUUUUUUCCUUUGCUCUUUCUCCCUUCCAUCUCUGACUUAAGUGAAAGAAAAAAAAAAGUACCCCAAAACUACCUUUAAAAAAAAAUAGUAUUUGCAUAACCCUAUGGCGGGGGGGGGCGGGGGGGGCUGAGAGUUGUGCUACCCAAAUAGAAGGCAAUGCACCCACAGGCAGCCGGCUUUCAAGUUGAGAGCGUGAGCGUCUGUGCUGCGUGAGGGUGGGUGUUGAUGCAAGAGGGCCGCAGGGGGCUUAGAUCUGAUUCUCUGUAUCUGAAGCAUAAACAUGUACUUAGAAUUCGACAAAGCAUUUUAAAGUAGAAGGGCGUGUUUAGCUAGAAAAGCGUGUUCCUGUGCUUUUCCGAAGGAGCACAGCUUUAAGGCUGUAGGCAUCUUGUAUCUUGCUUGCUCAUGCAUGUAGUCACUUUAUAAGUCAUUUGUGUGUUUAUUUUAUCCAUAGGUAGGCGUGUUCCCUUCCCCGAGUCCACGCUGACGGAACCCGUUGGGGAGCCUAGUGUAGCCGAGCGGCCCAGGGUGCCGGCCGGCGGGGCACGCCUCAAGUGCGCUUUUAGAGAGAAGCCUGUAGUAGUGAUGUCAUAACGCCUUAUGUUUAUAAUCCUCCUGGUUUUGUAGCCGUCGGUCUAGGAGACGCUGGGUUUCCCACCUACCACACCUACAGCCCGGGUGUGCCCAUGGCUUUUCCGUUUCCGCUCUGUGCCGCAGAAAUGUUCCGUGUACAGCACUUUGGGGCCGGUAGUUCGAGGGAGGAGGGUCUCUGGUUCACGUCGUGUGUGGAGGGGGGCAGUUUCUUCACGGAAUGGUUUGGGGGGCUGAUGCGCUGGCAGGCAGGCAGGGCCAGCGCGCGCCCACAGGGGGCGCGUGGAAGGCGAGGGUCCCGGCCAGGAGAAAGUGUGCGUUCCCACAUUGCCAGGGUCACGGUCUUUUUCUCUGUCGAGAAGUUGAAGGUUAGGAGUCCUUUGGUGCCAACCGGUGUUUGAAAGUAGGGGCCUUAAAGGUAUACCUAGAGAAGGAGUAGCUUAAGGGUUAGGCAAGUUUUAAACACUAAAAUAUGUAAUUUAUAGUGAAAGCUAAAAAGAAUAUUUAUUGCAGAGGAUGUUGGUAAGGCCAGUAUGAUUUCUAAGGUAAUGCAGUCUCCCCUUGAUUUAAACUCACGCCAGCCGCCUUGCACGGGGCGGGGUUAACAGUGUUUAGAGAAGGUAGGUCCUUUUGUGUAGGAGGCGGGGAAGCCCCAGGAAAAAAAACACAGACGCAGUGAUUCGGCCGGUUUGGUGUUGCCCAAAGUGAUCCAGUCUGAGGCGUUGAGUUUCCGGAAAACUAGGGCACUCGAAUCAAGCUCUGUUCUGGUGCAUUCUUAUCCCCUGCUCCCUCCUUAAAAAAAACAUUACCGACCAGUAGACAGUUUGCACACUUGGCUGUGUCCCUUUGACCACCACUGAGUGGGGCGUGUUGGGGGAGGUGUUGAGGCAGGUGCUGGGAGAGGAUGUGAGGGAGGGAGGGAGGGGGGUGGGCGGCAGGCGGGGACCCCGAGGGGCGGACUGCGGCUCUAUUUCCCGUGUUUCUCCUGCAUUGGCUGCUACCGAUGACGCCCCAGCACGUCCGGUUCGGGAACAGACUCACUGCGCUUCUCUAUCACAUUGUUUUGCUGCUAUCGGAGGAUCAGUUUUUUCGUUUUACAAUGUCAUGUACCGCCAUGUAGUUCUAAUUUCUCAUAGAAAAACUGUAUUAUGGAUGCCUUUUUUUUGGUAGAUUUUUUUUAUGUGAUCCAUUUUGACUUAAUGUGAUUACCGCUCUAUUCCAAAAAGGUUGCCGUUCCACGAUACCUCAUGCUUCACUUAGCCAUGGGUGGGCCGGCGGCCAGGCUCGGUCUGGCCACGGCCUCCCGCUUCGGCAGACAGACGCGGACGAGGUCCCCAGAGGGCCUGGUGAGGACGGGCUCCAGCCGCGGGCAGGCGAGCGGCCACCCGGCGUCUCUGAGGACCAGCCCGUGUCCAUGCCCUCUCCCGCGCCUGUUAGGCUGGACUCUCCCUCCGACCUGGCAUUGACCAUCCCGGUAGUUUUUACAGCCGUAUUGUUCUUUGCGUAUAGCUAUGAAAGUUGCAUUAUUAUUAUUAUUAUUCUUGUUGUUAUUGUAACGAGUGUGUCUUAACGCGCCACUGUGGUGCUGUGCCUAGUGCCUGGUCACCAGCUGCUGGAGCCGUUGGGUUCCAGGGCUGUGAGGUCUGUUGUGUGCUCCUGUUCUGUCUGUUCCGCUCACGGCCGGGGACGCUCCUUGAAAGAGGCUGCAGACCUCACCGAAGCCCGCACGUGGUGCUGCGCAAUCACCUAGCACGCUGCCAAAGCAAAAGGCUGUGCGCCCUCGGCGGCCCUGCCCAGCAGGGCGGCCGGUGUGCGUCCGCUUACCUCAACCACUCUGGCUGCAGCCUCUGUGUCCAAACCAAACCGGACCAAAGUGGUCUGUCCCAGCAAGGGGCAAACGCCGUGUGCUCAGAGGCCGGCGAAUCUGGGCGGGUCUCUGGUGGGUGGGCACUUAGGUCUGUGUGUGUUCUGGGUCGCACGCGUGGCACUUCCCAGCACGGACAUGUAACCAGCACGUUUCCAGCGGAAAACAAGACAAACGUGGAAAGUCUAGAAAUAAAAUUGGUCAAACCCUG